UGGCCGCGUGAGAGUCUAAAAACGGUCUCACUACUGUCAAUGGCUGAAGAGCGAUGAAAUCAACAGAACCUUUGAGUCUGUCACCCAAGAAACUCAACUUCGUCUCCAACUCUACCAGAAAUCAGCAAUCUGCAACAUUGAAUGGGGAAUCACUAUCAAAACCUCAACUAGUCACAAAAAUGGUUGAAACCAGCGAAAUCGAAAACAAUGUCUGUGAUACAUCGAAACAAACAGUGGAAGUACAUGUGCACCAAGAGAAUGGUUACAGUAGUGAAGACUGUUCCCAACAAGAGAAGUUUGUAGAUUCUGGUAGGGGAAGAGAGGUUGUCAAUGGUAAACGUAGUCCUAAUAACUGUAGUUCAGAAUCAGAAAGGAGCUGCACUAAACUCAGUUCAAGUAGUGGAAAUGGAGGGUUGAGGUCAGAAUUAGAAACUGGUUGUACCAAAUCAACCGUUAAUGAUGGUUCAAGAUCUAAAUUAGAUAUGAAUUGUACAAAACCAAGCCUCACAAGCAGAGACAGUGCAGUGUUUGAUGUAGAUCUAGCUUCAGGUGACGAUGAAAUCAGCUGUUUUGAAGAGGCUACCAGUUCUAGUAAGGGGGCUGACGAAAUCCUAGCUGCUACUCCUGUGGAGGUUGGAGGUGUGAGUUUGGUAAAUGGUUACAAGAAAAAUUCACAGGAUCCUUUGUUGCAGAAACUAUCAUCUCCAGUGAAAACUAAUGGCGAAAGUCUUGUCAAUGGAUACGAGAAUCAGUCAGAGGAUUCUUUGUUAAAGACACUAUCAACCCCAGUAAAAUCGAAUUGUGUGAGUUUGGUCAACGGAGACGAAAAAUCAGCUCAGGAUUCUUUGAGCAGCAGAGAAAUAAAGACGGUUAGUGGAGAUGUGGAACGGAAACAGAGAACUGGUUCAAUUUUUUCCAAAAAUGGUUUGCGGGACAGUUUCAAAAAUAUGAAACGAUCAAUUGUUGGGUCAAGUAGUAAUGGUUUGGUGGAGAAUCGGAGAACAUUGAAAGAUGUUGAUCAAAAAAGUGGAACUGCUGAGGGUGAGAAGAUCUCUUCAAGUGAUGGUGAACACAGAAAUGGAGUGCUGCAAGGUAGUGGUGAUCAGAAUCCUUCAAGUUUUGGAGUAACACAAGGAACUGGUGAUCAAAACCCUUCAAGUUUUGGAGUAACACAAGGAACUGGUGAUCAAAACCCUUCAAGUUUUGGAGUAACACAAGGAACUGGUGAUCAAAACCCUUCCAGUUUUGGAGUAACACAAGGUAGUUCUGGACACCUCCAAGGUCUUGGAGUUAUCGCAAAGUGUUCCAACGGACCACAUCUGGCAAAAGCGUCUUCACUGGAGUCUCUGUCAGAUGCUGGAGGAAGGUUUGAGAGGGACUCUGAACUGAGGAGGUCCAAAAGCUCGAUGAACGGUUUCUGCAGUGGCAGAUCCAGGUCUGACCCUGAUGAGGAUAUUGAUGACUUGCUGCUCCCGGGUGGUAGACAGAACAAUGAAGGAUUCGAUCAUUUACCGGUAAGUUAAUUGAACAUAAUUUAU